AUGCCCGCCCGCAUCGGCUACUACGAGAUCGACCGCACCAUCGGCAAGGGCAACUUCGCUGUGGUCAAGCGGGCCACGCACCUCGUCACCAAGGCCAAGGUUGCUAUCAAGAUCAUAGAUAAGACCCAGCUGGAUGAAGAAAAUUUGAAGAAGAUUUUCCGGGAAGUUCAAAUAAUGAAGAUGCUUUGCCACCCACAUAUCAUCAGACUCUACCAGGUUAUGGAGACAGAACGGAUGAUUUAUCUGGUGACAGAAUAUGCUAGUGGAGGGGAAAUAUUUGACCACCUGGUGGCCCAUGGUAGAAUGGCAGAAAAGGAGGCCCGUCGGAAGUUCAAACAGAUCGUCACAGCCGUCUAUUUUUGUCACUGUCGGAACAUUGUUCAUCGUGAUUUAAAAGCUGAAAAUUUGCUUCUGGAUGCCAAUCUGAAUAUCAAAAUAGCAGAUUUUGGCUUCAGUAACCUCUUCACUCCUGGGCAGCUACUGAAGACCUGGUGUGGCAGCCCUCCCUAUGCUGCACCUGAACUCUUUGAAGGAAAGGAAUAUGAUGGGCCCAAAGUAGACAUCUGGAGCCUUGGAGUUGUCCUCUAUGUGCUUGUGUGUGGCGCCCUGCCGUUUGACGGGAGCACACUGCAGAAUCUGCGGGCCCGGGUAUUGAGCGGAAAGUUCCGCAUCCCAUUUUUUAUGUCUACAG